CGGAGUGUAUAACAGCAUUCCAAUACCCCAAUGGUGGAACGAAUAAGCGUUCAUGCAGUUUAUACCGACCAAUUUUGGCUGCUCGAAUUAUUAACAUGUCCUGGAGGAGGGCGCAAGAAUGAAAGGCGAGGGCUUGAGCCUAUAAAACGGAGACGAAGGAGAAUGAUUUCACGAUAUAACAGGAGACCUGUAUCGCACAAACUUGAGAUUCGUGGGUUGUCUCGAAGCAGCCUCAGCCACCAUCCUCUACCAGAAGAGGCAGAUGAUAACCAAACUCCUCAGCGCUACUUCCAUGACGUCCAGGAAGCUAUUUCCAGUCACAACAGCUCAGACACAUCUGUUGCCUCAGGCCACUCUGACUGUCCCACCGUCAUCUCCGUAGACUCCAGCCAGUCCUGGUCAGGUAUCCACAGCUCCACUGGCACUGGCGUCUCCACAGAGAGGAGCUCUGUUUUGUCCUGGGGCUACGAUGAGUUUGACAAGGCGGCAUCACGACAGGUGCAGCAAAUGUUUGAGGAGAUCGACAAAGAGCUGUAUGAGGGGAGAGGCAGUGGUGGAGGGAUACUCCAGGGGCUGCAAGAUGAAUGUCAGCAGUGGGCCACACGUUUCCUACAUCUUCGGAUCCUAGGGACUCAGCUGCUGUAUCCCAGUGAUGAGGGCUUCCAGUGGUAUGCCUCUUCAGGGAAAGGCAGCUCUGCCAGCAGCUCAUCAGCAGGCAAAGAAAGCAGUGUGAAGUCCCAGGACCAAGAUAAAGGCAACACAGAGUUGAACGUGCAGGGCAGGAGAGCAGCACUGAUCAACUCCCCCUCAGCAGAGUUGGAUGGGCUUCCAAGCACCUCCAGUCGCUCCAGCAGCCACGGCACACCAAGAGUGAUUGAAGUAGAGGGUCUGAUGGAGGAAUACCUGGCUUUUGACAGCAGGGACUUAGAAGAUGAGUGGCAGCAGGACUGUUCAGAGUCAGGUCGGAGGCAUCACUGUCUGCCUCCUAUCUCGCCAUACCGCUGUCGUCGUCAAGCUGUUCUUGACCUGCUGUUUGAUGAUGUGUGGCGGCAGAUGGUUGGCUGGAUGAAAGAGCUGGUUCAACGCCACUGGGAAUUUGGCACCUCAAAUGAUGAAAAGACUUCUGGGAAGUUGAGCCCUGUGCAGCAAGACUUCCAGAAUUCCUUCAUGCUGCCCACAAUGCUGCCCAAACUCAGCCAGAGUAGGGUGCCUCCGCUCGCAGCUGGCCCGCAGUUCCAGAACACAAAGUCAAGGGGCUCAAAGCACAAGUCCAGACGGAAAUCCAAAAAGCAGAAAAGGCCUCCCACUGCUGCAAGGGUCCCGGUAGGAGCAGCAGCGACCCACCACAAUCUCAACGACCUCAUCGUGAUCCACAGCAUCCCCUUGCAGCAGAGGAACCAGGGUGUGCUGGAUAGAAACCAGGAGCCAGAAGAGCGGGCAUCCCACAGAACAGGCUCCAGCAUGGCUUCUUCCAGCAAACCUCACCCUCGCCGACCGCUGGAGCAGAGCUCUUCCUCGCUGUCCCGCCUGGCACAGUCUGCCCGACGCAGAAACCCUCCUCCCCGGACCCUCCUGCCACUUCCCACCCUGAGUCAUGCCAGCACGGCAGGCUCCUUGGAUGAGGUCAUCCGUGGGACACGUCUACCCACGGCGAGCGACCGCCUGACAUCUCCGCUGUUACCUCUAAGCAGAAACACACUCCUUCCGCCCAUCAGCUCCGGAGACCAAGAUUCGUCUCACUCAGGGCAGCAGUCCAAACUUGCACAGGUACAGCAUCAGAAAGGCCCAUCCAGCCGUGCCCACAGUGCUAUAAAUGAUGAAGCUGGCAGUUUGCUGCCAAGGGAUCGUCACCACCUACUGGAUGUCUUCUCUCGCCCCAACACCACCCACACAUACAGGUCGGACACUCCGUACCGUCGUUCUUUCACAGUACUGGACAACAUCGGACAGGGGCGGCCAGGCAGAGCCUCUGCGGGCACAGACUCUCUUGGAAUCGGUGUAACCGGCAUCAGUCUUGGCAUCAGCAGCUCAUCUAUCUUAGACUCAUUUUCCCACCACCCUUUGGGGCACUUGCCCAUCAAAGACGAAGAGGAGCCAGACUCGCAAGCCUCUGUCCAAGCUCCACCGGUGCCUGUGUCAGUCCCACAUCGGCCUUACACCCGGGGAGGCAUCUCAUCCAGAGCCAGCAGACCUGGUUUGUAGUUAGUCCCAACCUCCAACCCUCCAGCCAUUCAUUUUUAUACACCACCAAGGCGUGCAACACUCUGCAGCACACUAUACAUGUUUGUUUUACAGAAGUAGCAUACUUUUUUCAUAUUAUGCUGCUUCAAUAAAGUUUUUGGUAGAGGCCUAUUUUUGUAUUUCAAAAAUCAGCUUAUGUGCUGCCAAACACAAAUAACUGUCAAGAAUAACUCCGUGUUAAUGUACAGUUUGAGUUGUACAGUGCCUAUAACAAGUUUUAUUGAUUUUAUAAAUCAGUUAUGGUCAAUCUAAGCCAAAUUAUUUUGACCAUGAUUGAUUUAUAAAAUUAAUAAAACGGUAAAACAUCCAAGGGGGUGAAUACCUUUUAUAGGCACUGUAUGUUUAGACUUUUGUACUGUGUAUUUGAUCUGCUUGUAUAAAGAAUUAUACAUGUGAAUGUACUGUAUUUAAUUAUCCUCUGCUGUUAUUGUACUGGUAAGUGACUAUGCAGGGAAUAACACAUCCGCCUAGACAGGAAUAGAGAGGAUACAAAGCACUUUUAUCCCUCUCUGAUGAUACAUCAGAGAGUUUGGUACUGUAUCUUUUGUAAGGACACAAUUUUCAACCACCCUGUUAAAAAAAAAAAAAAAAA